AUGCUCGAUCUGAUCCAAGUAUCCAACAACACAACUCCCUGCCCUGCCUUCCUCCCCGCAGAAAAAACCCCCUCUCUGCCCUCCACACCUCGUGCACGCUGUCCGCGCAUACGCACAGGAAAGCCGGCUUCCCGCGAGCUCUUCCUCCUCACAUCCAUGGCCGCAUUAUCAGCGAAGGCCAUACAAAAUGCAUUCUUGGCACAAGAUGGUCCACGGACUAGGCACAACACAAGAUAUACCUGUGAUUUUUGUGCCCUCAAUACCCGCAGCAUGCAUUCCGUCCAGGGGUGUAGAUUAUCAUUAGCUGAUACUUCAGCCAAGUGGUUAAAUACCACAUCAACAGCAUGGAUUAGCUUCGGGAAACAAGCAAAUAUUAGCUGCAAUGCUACUCAAGGUGCCAGUGAUGUCUUGUCCAUUGACAAAGUUGAUUUCCUCAAGCUCCAAAAUGGCAGUGAUAUUCGUGGUGUUGCUAUUGCUGGGGUUGAAGGUGAGCCUCUCAAUCUCACGGAGCUUGUCGCUGAAGCUAUAGCUGCUGCAUUUGCUGCAUGGUUAUUAAACAAGAAGGAAGCCGAUGGCUUGAGACGUUUAAGAAUCUCUGUUGGACAUGAUUCACGAAUUUCUGCUCAUAAAUUGCAGAAUGCAGUUACUCAUGGAAUCACUGCUGUCGGACAUGAUGUUCUACAGUUUGGAUUGGCUUCAACACCGGCAAUGUUCAACAGCACACUUACCGAAGAUGCGAUACAUCAUUGCCCAGCAGAUGGAGGCAUAAUGAUAACAGCGAGCCAUUUGCCCUACAAUCGGAAUGGUUUCAAGUUUUUUACAAGUGAUGGUGGUCUAAAUAAGACUGAUAUUAAAGAUAUAUUGGAGCGGGCUUCUAGAAUAUACGAGGAAUCUGCGCAUUGUGGCAAACAAGAACAGACCGGUGUCGUAACUCAUGUGGAUUACAUGUCAAUUUAUGCUUCCGAUCUAGUGCAAGCAGUUCGUAAAUCUGCUGGAAACAAAGAGAAACCAUUGGAGGGACUGCACAUAGUUGUUGAUGCAGGGAAUGGAGCAGGUGGCUUUUUUGUGGACAAGGUACUAAAACCAUUAGGAGCUGUUACUGAUGGGAGCCAAUUCCUGGAGCCUGAUGGUUUGUUUCCCAAUCAUAUUCCGAAUCCUGAGGACAAAGCUGCAAUGGAAGCCAUUACACAAGCAGUGCUUAAUAAUAAGGCAGACUUGGGCAUCAUAUUUGAUACUGAUGUUGACAGGUCAGCUGCUGUUGAUUCCAGUGGACGUGAGUUGAACCGCAACCGAUUAAUUGCUUUGAUGUCUGCCAUAGUUCUUGAGGAGCAUCCAGGAACCACUGUUGUGACUGAUAGCGUGACAUCAGAUGGACUGACUGUAUUUAUUGAGAAGAAACUUGGAGGGAAACACCAUCGAUUCAAGCGAGGAUACAAGAAUGUAAUCGAUGAGGCUAUUCGUCUGAAUUCUAUUGGUGAGGAAUCACAUUUGGCGAUGGAAACAAGUGGCCAUGGAGCACUAAAAGAGAAUCACUGGCUCGAUGAUGGAGCGUAUAUGAUGGUUAAACUUCUGAAUAAACUUGCUGGUGCCAGAACAUUGAACCCAAACAUCGGUAGUAAAGUUUUGACUGAUUUGGUCGAGGGCCUUGAGGAGGCUGCUGUGACAGUGGAGAUAAGGUUGAAGAUUGAUCAAAAUCAUGCAGAUUUGAAAGGAGGGCCCUUCCGUGACUAUGGAGAAUCAAUCUUGAAACAUUUGGAGAGUGUGAUCAGUAAAGACCCAAAUCUUCGCAAAGCCCCAAAGAAUCAUGAAGGCGUCAGAGUUUCUGGAUAUGGUGGCUGGUUCCUGUUGAGGCUAUCCCUCCAUGAUCCAGUUCUUCCCCUUAACAUUGAGGCACAAAGCAAGAAUGACGCCAUUAAGCUCGGACUUGCAGUGCUUGCUGCUGCGAAUGAAUUUUCAGCAUUGGACACAACUGCAUUGAACAAGUUUUUGCAGCAGUGA